GGCUGGGCCGGAGGGAGGCGGAGGAAACGGUGUCCGCCGCCGCCGCCGCUCCCGCUGCAGAUUGUUCCGUGUGGUGCCCUCAGGCCCUUCCUCGGCCAUGAUGAUCCACGGUUUCCAGAGCAGCCACCAGGACUUCUCCUUCGGGCCCUGGAAGCUGACGGCGGCCAAGACCCACAUCAUGAAGUCAGCGGAUGUGGAGAGGUUAGCUGAUGAAUUGCAUAUGCCGUCGCUCCCUGAAAUGAUGUUUGGAGACAAUGUUUUAAGAAUCCAGCAUGGCUCUGGCUUUGGGAUUGAGUUCAAUGCUACAGAUGCCUUAAGAUGUGUGAACAACUACCAAGGAAUGCUUAAAGUAGCUUGUGCUGAAGAAUGGCAGGAAAGCAGGACGGAGGGCGAACACUCCAAAGAGGUUAUUAAACCAUACGAUUGGACCUAUACAACAGAUUAUAAGGGAACAUUACUUGGAGAAUCUCUUAAGUUAAAGGUUGUACCAACAACAGAUCAUAUAGAUACAGAGAAAUUGAAAGCCAGAGAACAGAUUAAGUUUUUUGAAGAAGUUCUCCUGUUUGAGGAUGAACUUCAUGAUCAUGGAGUUUCAAGUCUGAGUGUGAAAAUUAGAGUGAUGCCUUCUAGCUUUUUCCUGCUGUUGAGGUUUUUCUUGAGAAUUGAUGGGGUGCUUAUCAGAAUGAAUGACACGAGACUUUACCAUGAGGCUGACAAGACCUACAUGUUACGAGAAUAUACAUCACGAGAGAGCAAGAUUGCUAAUUUAAUGCAUGUUUCACCUUCCCUCUUCACGGAACCUAAUGAAAUAUCACAGUAUUUACCAAUAAAGGAAGCAGUUUGUGAGAAGCUAAUAUUUCCAGAAAGAAUUGAUACUAACCCUGCAGACUCACAAGAAAGCACACCUGUGGAAUAGAAUGUGAUACAACAUAUACUCACUGUGGAAUCUGACUGGACACCUUGGCUAUUUGUAGGAGGGUAUUUUUAUUAUGAGAAUUAAUUGCCUUGUUUAUGUGCAGAUUUUCUGUAGCCUUAAAGGGAGAAAAAAUAAAUAAAUAAAAGAUUAUUUCAGGCAGGUUCCACUCAGCUGCUGUUUGUACUAUCUUCAAAUUCAUAUUCCAGAUUUAUAUUUUCUGGAGUUAAAUUUGGAUUUCUAAAUUGCUCCAAAGUGGGACCUCAGCAGUAGUGAUGUUUGUACGUCUCAUGAGCAGUGGGUAUAGUCUGCGUCCAUCAUGAAACACUAUCUUCUACCACAAGGAGGUUAAUUUAAAUGACUGAAUCCCAACACCUUGUGAGUUUCAUAGAAUUCCUGAUCAUGCAUGUUCAUGUACUGACUCUUCACUUUGAACUUUCUGAUGUUUAUUUGCACUUCUGGAGAGUCAUGACUUGCCACCUAGGAAAUUAAUCUCAUAGUUUAGUGAUCUUCAUCCACAAAAUUUAAAAAAUAUAUUUACCCCUAAUUUUAAAUUGGCUUUGAAAUUUAAAGAAAGUUUUAGACACAGAAUCAAAAAAAUGUAGUUGUUUGGAGAACUUAAGCUAUUAUGUACAUGGAAACAUGAACAUGGUUUACCACAGACAGGUAGGAUGUCAGAGCUAUCUUUCCUCCAUCUUUAGGUGCUUUUUCUUGUAUGUGAUUUUACUUGUAUUGACAUUUUUUUUUAUUUCCAUCUUCCAUGCAACCUCAGAGUGAAUAAAUCCCUUAAAUUUGGUAUUGGUCCUAGAAAGCUUGAAGGGUUUAUAGUAAGGGGUUGUUUUUAGCAAAUAUUAAAUCAAUCCCUAAAGCAACAAAAUAUUAAUAUUUGAGGAUAUGGAGGAGAAGGGGGCUUAUUUUAAAAUAUAAAAGCCAGUUUUUGUUUUUUUUAAGUCAUGUUUUUAACAUUGCAGGUAAUCCAGUAAAAUAUAAUUAUUAGUACAGGACCUAGAUAGUACAGAAAGUAGACAAAAGUGUACUUUUCAAAUCCCUUUGGUUGUUUUGAUAAUGACCCUUCAAACAUUUUUUAUUCUUUUCUGACUUUCUGAGUGGUCUUCAUAAAGUGAAAAGUGAUUAUAAAGCACCAAGUAAGUAAUUAUUUGAAGUGGAUUUUUAAAAAUAAUUUUUUAAAGAGCAGGAGGAAAAAAAUCACCCCUUUUGUUGUGGUUUGAAAUAAUUUUUAUACAUGUUUCCACUUGCUGAUUAAAUCAUAAAUAUGAAUAUUUAAUUGGAAGUAUUAGCAAAACUCUACAGGUAUUAGCCUAAAGAUAAAUUGUAGUGAAACAAACACACUUGGAUAUUCAUUCAUCAUUGCUCAAACUUUGGUGAAUUGGUCUGAGCCAAACAGACAGGGUGUAUUUUAUUAGCUAUGUUUAGUCACAAAUAGUUUGGUAUUUGUCUGCCUUCUGCAUCACCUCCAGAGUACAGGAAAUCAGGAUUUUGUUGGCUUUAAGAAAAGAGAUGGUAUGUUCACUGUAUAUUAUAUAUACCUGUAUUUAAUGUUUUCUCUUAGGACAGGAAAGUGUGUGUGUGUGUGUAUAAGUGUGUAUAUGUAUCUGUACACACACAUUGUACUCAUCUUUCUGUUUUUGUCAUGCAGAUUUGAACAGAAUAGACUGUUCAUGCAAAUUUUAAGAAAUGAAAAACUUGUAAGAAUAUUCAUUAGUUGGAGUUUCUGGGCAACAUCAUAUUAAACACACAUGCACACACUUUUUUUUUUUUUUUUAACUUGUUGAUUUAGAUGUCGUGAUCCCUGAAAUAGUCUUAGAUUACUUCUUUUGAGAGUCUUGUUAAAAAUCGUAGGGAAUUAAAAUAACUGACCUUUUUUUUUUUUUAAGAGGGUGGAAGGUGGGUAGGAUGAUUGUACUUCUGAAAACUUCAUUGGUUUAUUCUUGUGGAAAAUACCAAGAAAAUGUGUUUGCUCAUUGCUAAAUAUGACAUAUAUUUUAUAUUUAUUUGUUCCAGUGUCUUUUUGUAAGAGGAGAAUAAACAAUCAGGAAUUACUGAUCACUA